AUGAAGGCGGUGACUCUCGCUCCAGAAUCCGCUCUGAGCAAGGGCGUGCUACAAGGAUCCGGAGGGGCAGAGCAGGCUCCUGACAGGCGCCUCUCAGCACCUGCAGCUCUGCGCAAUAGGGAGUUGAUUGCGGAGGUGCUCCAGGGGGUGCUUCCAAAGCAGGGCACCGUACUUGAGAUCGCCAGCGGCACUGGCGAGCACGUCACCCUCUUUGCCUCCAAGUUCCCGCACCUGUCUUGGCAGCCAAGUGACAUUGACACGUUGGCCUUGGCCAGCGUUGCAGACUGGGUGAAGCACAGCGCGCAGGAGAACCUGCUGCCUCCUCUGACGCUGGAUGUAGCAGCGGAAAACUGGCCUGUGAGCAGCACGGAUGCCAUCAUCAACAUAAACAUGAUUCACAUUGCUCCAUACGCAGUCUGCGAGGGCCUCAUGAGAGGCGCCUCUCGACUGCUUCUGGACAAUGGGGUCCUAGUCAUGUACGGGCCAUUCAAGCGGAAUGGAGCCCAUACAGCUCCCAGCAAUGAACAGUUUGACGCCAGCCUAAAAGGGCGAAAUCCCUCGUGGGGCAUCCGAGACAUUGGGGAGGUGGCCGCUACUGCCAGUGCUGUUGGUAUCCAGCUUGAGCAGGAAGUCUGCAUGCCAGCAAACAACAUGGUACUUGUGUUCCGCAAACGGGCUUACGAAUGAGGACCUGACCGGGAGAGUGAGAGACAAUGAUGAGAAACAAUGUCGCCUCUUCUAGACGGGCUUGAGACUUUCUGCAAUCAGCAGUACUGAUAGCUCUUGUAAAACAGAUGCCAAAUAAAGAAUUCGCCUGUGGUCAGCCUGAGAGACAUGAUCAUGCACAGAAGAGCAACGCUUUGCAAUAGUCAACGAGAUUGUCAGUACUCUAUGCACAGCCAGCUUGUUGGCGGCUUGCCAGUCAUGAGAACUCCUGGCUACGUUCUGCAACAUAUCCACUCCAGCAAAGUAACAUCAGUUGCAAUUUCAUUCAGCGCCUUGAUGGGCGUUGUGGAG